UGCUCCCUGUUUGUGUGUGUCUGUUUCGCACACUGAUCACAGCCUGUUAUGCAUGCUGAGUUGUCCCUUGGGAUCUCUGCUCUUUUCCAAAACAGCCAGAGGGGCAGAGAAGACUGAUCUGUGGGGAGCUUGCGGCUGUGUCAACAGCAGCCUGGUGUGUGAUGAGGUGUGAGCUUUGUGUAACUGGCACAGAAUGACCCAGGAGCAGAGCUGUGUGCUGUACAUACAGGUGAAUUGGGGGAGUGAAGAAAAUGUCACUAGAUCUGCCCCUUCCUGAUGCCACGUCUGCCACCAUGGAGAAGCCCCCGAAAGAGCUAAGUCAGGAUUCGGAGUCCCUGGUGGAAUCUGAGAGGAGUCGCUGUAAAUCCCGGGACUGUCUGAGCUUCGCUCCCCUCUGGAUAAUUGUGAUUAUUAUUGCCUCAGCUGGCAUUACUUGGUUUCUUCUAGAGGUGGAUUUCAAACCGGAGCUGACAACCAAUAAACUCUAUGCCUGUAACCUGAACAUUGUGAGCCAUAUCCUCACCCGUGACCACAUGCGUCCUGAGAGCAACUUAUUCAAAAAGGAAGCCGCUCAUCUGAGCAAAAUGGUGACUGCUCUCGUGUUGGCUUCUGAACUGGCUGCGUAUCACAACUCCACCAUGGUCUAUGCUUUUGGAGAAGGCAGCUUGAAGGUUUUCUUUUGGGUUAUACUGGAUGUUCCGAAUUCUAACAGCAAAUAUGUCACUGUGAACUCAGUAAAGGCAGCACUCACCAGGGUUCUCCAAUCUAAGGCUAACCGGACUGGAACCUACAUAUAUGAUCAGUACCACGCUGACCCAAACUCACUGGAUAUAUUCGAAGCCAGCAUACUGAAGCAGCUGUUCUCCUCCAGUACUGCCUGCUAUAGGUACAGUUACUUGCAUGCUGGCCAGGAAAUCCGUUUACAGGGUCCUGAUUACACAUCUCCCACCUGUGUAUGGCACAUACAGGGCCCCCCUGCUCACCUCCUGCGACUCCGACUCAAGUGGAUGCGUCCUGAUUGCAGGGACAGACUGGCCAUGUAUGAUGCAGCUGCCCCGCAUGAAACGCACAUCAUCACCUCACAUUACGGCUGCAGCAGACAUGAGCCAGUGUCUGAAGUACUGUCCUCUGAGAAUACCAUGCUGGUUAUCUGGAAGCAGGGGAUGUACAGCUACUACGAUCCUUUCAUGCUCACAGUGCUCCCUCUGCCUAUCAGAACCUGUGAGGAGAGCAUUGUGCUGAUGGAAGGACUCCAAGAGCAGGGUCAUCUGAGGACACCUUACUACCCCAGUUACUACCCACCAUAUUCACAUUGCACUUGGAACAUCACAGUCCCUUCUACUGAUUAUGGUGUCGCUCUGAGGUUUGAAGGAUACAUGCUGAUGGGACAGUAUACAUUUUCCCCUUGCAUUCAAGGACAGUGGAACAUCCACAACCGCAGGAUGUGUGGCUUACGGGUGCUUAGACCUUACACUGAGAGAAUUGAAGGCAUAUCAGAAAACAUCACUAUAACCUUUUCCUGUAUCAAAGCACUGACUGGACCAGGGAUACAAGCCUCCUACAGCCUCUACAAUCGGUCAGACCCAUGUCCUGGGGAGUUCCUUUGUAUACUAGAUGGUAUGUGUGUUCCGUUAUGUGAUGGGGUUAAGGACUGCCGCAAUGGGUUGGAUGAGAGAAACUGUGUGUGUCCUGCUGAGUACCAGUGUCCAGAAGGACAAUGUAUUAAUGCCACACAGAUCUGUGAUGGUAGUAAGGACUGUGUGAAUGGCACAGAUGAGGAGCAGUGCGAUGAAGCUGUUCCCUGUGGUGCCUUCAACUAUAAAUGUACAGAUGGAAGCUGUGUGAAGAAGAUAAACCCAGAAUGUGACUCCAUUAUCGACUGUGUGGAUGGCUCAGAUGAAAAGAACUGUGGCUGUGGUGUGCAAGCUUUCGAAAACCGUCUUGUUGGAGGAACUCAGGCACAAGAAGGGGAAUGGCCGUGGCAGGCCAGUCUACAGGUGCGAGGGUCACACAUUUGUGGAGGCACCUUAGUGGCAGAUAGGUGGAUCCUGACCGCAGCACACUGCUUUAUUUCAGACAGUUUCUCUACUCCUGAGGUCUGGACAGUAAUUCUGGGGAAGGUGCUUCUGAGCAGAAGUAGUCAGAAUGAGAUGGCCUUUAAAGUCACACAGUUAAUCCUCCACCCUUACCUUGAUGAAGAUUCCCAUGACUAUGAUGUAGCACUUGUCCAAUUGGACCAUCCUGUACCUCUAACGUCUCGCUAUGUACAACCUGUCUGUCUUCCGGCCAGUACCCACCAUUUUCCCACCGGUUCAACGUGUUGGGUGGCAGGUUGGGGUGCAGUAAGGGAGGAUGGUCCCACAAGUGACAUUCUCCAGAAGGUUGAUGUAAAGUUAAUUGAUCAAGACACCUGCACUGAACUGUACCACUAUCAGAUUAGUCCAAGAAUGUUCUGUGCUGGUUAUGUCGAUGGAUCUAAAGAUGCAUGUCAGGGUGAUUCUGGUAGUCCACUUGUAUGCAAAGAACCAGGAGGGCGCUGGUUUCAGGCAGGGUUGGUGAGUUGGGGAGCUGGAUGUGCCAUUCCCAAAUAUUUUGGAGUAUACAGUCGUAUUACCAGAUUUGUUGGGUGGAUUCACAAUGUCACAGCCCAAAGCAGACAAAUAAUACAUUAAUACAACCAACAUUGGCACCAAAACACCAGCCAGAAGUGGGAGACCAAUAAGAAAACCACCUGACAUUGAAGACCAUCAAGGAUGAAAAAUCAGUAGAACUGUUUGGAAUUUAGAAUUAAAAAGGAAUAAAAAUCUACAUUAACAUAAGGACCAUUCCUCACAAAGACAUAGAAUAAGAUUGUCUAAGCAUAACACAAGAUUAAUGUUCUCUAGAACACAGAGUAAAUCAUUAAAUUCAAA